CUAAAAAUAUUGAUCAGCCACUUCAAACAUCAAGCCGCACGAGACAUCUCGACUAGCUGUGACAUCACAUGACGUCACGGAGCUCGUUGGAGCUUACGGAGACAGCCUAGUGUCAGUUUGAAACUAUAGACCUAGUGCAAUUUUGGUUGAAAAACAUUGUAGAGUUAUUUUUUGUUUCUUUGAAAGAUUUCUACAAACUGAUCUAGCCUUUUAUGCUCUACAUUAUUUAUUUAUUUAUUUGCACAAAGGACAUUGGGUGGUGCAGGAAUUCUUGGAAUGUUUCACAGAGAAAUUUGGCUGACGAACUCAUGCAAAACAUAUAUGUUUUGAAAAAGGACAUUACACCACAAGAAACAGAGGCAAUGAAGGAUAUCAAAUCUUCUGUCCAGCAAGCUUGGGCAAUCAGAGCCAUACCAUGUGUUUUGUUUGGUUACCUUCAAAUCGCUGGAAUUCCACGCACAGCAGCAAAGAUUCCAAAACUUCUCAAGUCUCUGAAUUUUGGUUCUCACAUGUAUGCCAUUGUCUUUGGAUUAUGUCUUGGUUAUGGUUUGACACCUAGGCGGAAGAUAAUUAAAGAAGUCUUGCAUAAACACAACAUAACCACAGAUCACAAUCUAGGAAAACUAAUCGCAAUGGAUGAAGAGGAGCAUUCUUCUUCCUCAGUACCACUAUAUAAUUACCAGAGUGCUCAGAAGGCUUAUAACACAGAGAUAAAGAAUGGAAAAGAUGGUCAACUCUUUAAACCUCAAAAUCAAUUCCAGAAGUCAGAGGAAACACAAGAACCAGAUGAUGGAUUUGAAAAUUUUUAUGCUAAAAAACGAGGUAGAAAAACCAAUGCUUAUGGAGAUGAAUUGGACUAACAGUAUAAUGUUUACUUGUUGGUAUGUGAUGUAGAACAGAAACUUCAAAGUGACAAAGUGUGUUCUAGUUUUGCAGCCUGAUUUGUCAUCCAGCUCAUUAUCAAAAAAUGGAAUCAUAUUAGCACUAGUACUGCAGACUCAGCAUUUUCUACAGGAUGAGACAAAAUCUGUUAGAAUGAUGUGUGAUUAUAGCAGCUAUGGAACAAAGGAAUAUUUUGUGUUAUAAGACUUUUCAGGUUCUUCACAUUUUAUAUGGGUGGGUUUCUUUUCCUGUUUAGCACUCAAAGUGGCCAUAGGACAUACAGAUUAUGAUAUGCUAUUUUUUAUCAUGCUUCUGUUAUACUAACUGAGCUGAAUGUAUAGUGUGUGGAUGUUGAGGAUCGGCUAAUAUUGAGUUUUGAGCGCUAUGGCCUACUUUAACACAUAGCUCGAGCAAUUUGAAAAUAAAAAAAUGUAAAUAUACAA